AUGCUUAGACACAGCAGAGGCCUGGCUUCGCUUGCGAUAACUGAUCCCCUGGUGCUGUACAAAUCCCUGGUGAGCCAGGGGAAGCUGGUGGCAGAUCAGCACCAGCUGAGAACGGUGGUGGAGCUGCAACGACUCCACUAUAGGGUGAAGGACUACGAGCCUCCUGAGUGGGCACAGCUGGAGAUCGAGCGCAUGUUGGCUAAGGUCGAUACACCGACGAGAUGGAGGCCUCUACUGCGGAGCAGACGUCGGGACCUGGUGAAGGUGCUGUCUGAUGAGGAUCUGAAGAGCUUCCCAAGUCCUCACGGGCUGUUGAUCAACGGUGGUGUCGGCACGGGGAAAACGAUGCUGAUGGACAUGUUUGCCCAGUCGUUGCCUAAGAAGUCCAAGCAACGCUGGCACUAUCAGAAUUUCAUGCUGUGGGUCUAUAACGAGAUCCACACGAUCCAUUUGAAGCGACUGAAGAUGAGAUCAAACACCCGUGAAGAGUUCAUCCUCUUUGAAAUCGCACAGAAGAUGAUAUCUCAGAACACCGUGCUGAUAUUGGACGAGUUCAUGUUGCCAGAUCUCGCUGCUGCAAAGAUCGUGAAGCUGCUGUUCACGUACUUCUUCAAGCUUGGUGGUGUCCUAGUGGCCACUUCUAACAGGAUGCCAGAGGACCUGUACGCCACUGAUUUCAAGAAAGCCGACUUCAGGUCGUUCAUGGCCGUGUUGCAAUCCAGGUGCUACUCAUUGGAUAUCGAAUCAGACAAGGACUAUAGACAGUUGAUGCAUCAAGACUCGAAAGGCUCCAAUGUGAUUAUUGGCAAAGGUGAUAUUCGUAAACUGGCCAAGCUACAGCUGUCAGAUGGCUCGGACAAGAAGAUUUCUGUCUAUGGACGGGAAGUCACGAUCCCAUGGCAUCAUGAGGGCAAGGUGUACUUCAAAUUCGAGGACCUGUGUGCUGGACUGUACGGUCCUGGUGAUUACAUAUCGCUGGCGUCGAACUUCCAUACGUUUGUCAUUGACGAAGUGCCGGUGUUAAAGAUGUCAAUGAAGAAUGAGGCCAGACGGUUCAUCACGCUUUUGGAUGCACUCUAUGAGAGCAGAUGCCAAUUGUACUUACAAUUGGACACUCAUCCCGAUGAGCUCUUCUUCCCUGACUCCAAAGUUGGUGAAAACGAUGGUGAAGAUGAGCAGAACAGAAUUAGAGUCCAGGAAGAGGAGGCGUUCUCUAAGACCCAUAUUGCACUGACAGCACCUUAUAGACCAAACAUAUCGAACUAUGACGAUGACAAGAUCUACUAUAAGGAAUGCUCUACGGGGAGUUGUGAGCUAACGUCUAUAGAUUAUGCAAAACAGAAGACGUUCACAGGUUCUGACGAGAAGUUUGCGUACAAGAGAGCACUUUCCAGAUUGAAAGAGAUGGACUCAGAUGCCUAUAAAUCAAUGGCAUGGAAGCCACUUCAUGAAGUGAUGAGACCAUGGGAGGGCAGUCGUUCAGGUGUGGACGGUAUGUGGGAAGAACAAGACGAAUUCGAAUACGUCAACCAUGCUUCAAAGGUGGCACCAAACUUUGCUUAUACGCAUUUCUGGUCAAUGGGACUAUGGGGUAAAGGCGAACGGUUAAACGAUAUGGCUAGACGAUGGAUUAGAGGAGUAUCUGCGCCAGAUCAUCAUUAUUGA